AUGAGUGGAGAAUGGCAAAAAUCAACAGUUUUGGAUUUAAUAGAAACUUACAAAGAAAAUGAGAAUUUGUAUAAUCCAAAGCAUGGGUUAUACUAUAACAAGCAAGCACGUACCAAAUCACUUGAUAAAAUACUUCUGACAGUACGAAAAACAAAAAGUGAUGUGUCGAUUAAUGAGAUUGUAAAGAAGAUUCAGAUUCUGAGAACACAGUUUGGACAGGAAGUAAAUAAAAUUGAGAAAUCUAAAACGCUUGGAGAUGAAUUAACAUAUGUACCAAAAAUCUGGUGGUUCAAAAGCCUUCAAUUCAUCUCAAAAUACAUGAAAAUGAGGGCACAACCAUCGACACCUUUAUCAGUGAAAUUAGAACAGAAAGCAGCAACUUAUAAUGAUCAUAACGAUACAGACACAAUAUUUGAGCUUGUUGAGACGAAUGAGGACAUAAAUGAUGAACUGGAUAAUACAUAUGAUGAUGAGCAAGAUGAUUCAAACAAGACAAAGAAGCGACGAAUAGAAAUUUCGACAAAUAAUGACAGUUUGCAGCCUAGAACCAUCGAGUAUAUAAUCAAUGAAGAAUCUGAAUUCAUUCCAACGAACGAGCAACCUAAUGAAACCAGAGGAUCUGAACAUAAAGUUUUUGACAGCAAAAAGUUUAAGCGAAAAAGUAAAGCUUUUGGAAUUUACGUUGGAUGUCUAAUGAGAGACUUGAAUGAUGACAAGCUGUUCUAUGAAGCUCAGAAUGAGAUUCUUAAAGUAAUCGAGAAGACUACACAAAAAAUGGUACAAAAGUGA